AGGCGAAGAUGGCGGGAAGUCUGUUGAGUGCGUGGCAGAUUUUAACUAAUUUAACCUGAUUUAUGCCAUGAACACAUAUUGUUUCGCUGAUGACUUAAUACUUCAACAUUCCAUUUGACAAAUACACUGAUACGGAAAGAUAAUGGCUGCUACUUUGUUGGCAUCAGAGGAAAGUUCACCUACAGACUCACCGAUAGCUUCACCACUUCCAAGCUUAGAAUCUGAAGAACAUGCUUGUCCCAUUUGUGAAGAGAAACUGAACCAGCCAAAGGUUCUUGAUUGUCUUCAUGUAUUUUGCCAGGCAUGCUUAGAAAAAGCACUAGAAGAGCCAACAGAUGGAGGAGAUGCUUCGUCUGGGUACAUAAAGUGUCAGACAUGCAAACAAGAGACAAAAGUCCCCACCAAGGGACUGGAGGACUUGCAAGCAGAUUAUGUGACUGUAGAUCUGCUGGAGAUGUCCUCAAUUGAGGACAUGCAGAUCGUCUGCACCAGUUGUAAGGCCAAAGAAAAGGCAGUUGCCAGGUGCAGUGAUUGUGCUAACUUCCUGUGCACUAAUUGUGUGACAGCUCACCAGUUUAUGAGAUGCUUUGAUAAUCACAAGGUGGUUUCUUUUGAGGAAAUACAAAAAGGAGAUGGACUACCAAUCCACAAGCCGAUAUAUUGUCCGUCGCACUCCUCAGAAACCAUGAGGCAUUUUUGCAGUACAUGCAAGAUCCCAAUAUGUAAUGAAUGUUUACUUGCUGAUCACAAAGCUCCAGAGCAUUUCUCAGAGAGAAUUACUGAUAUUGAGGGCAAGUUCUUUGAUGAAAUCCAGAACCUGAUUACAGAGAGCAAGAGUAAAAUUAAGUUCUGUGAUGAGGCCACAAGUACCCUGGAAAAUGGUCUCAGUGAGCUACAGAUGCAGCGAGACAAUGCGAAGGGUCUGAUACAUGAAACAUUCCAAAGCUAUAAAGCAAUGCUUGAGAAGAGAAGGGAUGAAAUAUUUCAAGAAAUGGAAGAAUUGCAUUCAAAGCAAGAACUUGGUAUCAUGGACAUGUUUCACAACCUUGAACAGACUGUGGAUAAAAUUGAAGAUGGUAGCAAAUUUGCUGAAAUGGUUACAAAGCAUGGCAAUGGGUUGCAAGUGAUCUUGUUGAAGAAGAUGAUAACAUCACAGCUCCUUUCUUUAAUCAACAACACCCCAAUACCAGAUGUUUCUAUUGCCAUUGAGUUUCAUACAAAUACGGAUGUCUUCCAAGAAGCUGUAAAGAACUGUUUUGGUUCUUUCUCCCAACCACAGGCAAAGGUCGAGGAACAACAGUCCCCAUCACUGACAUCUUCUUUUGAAAAUGAAACAUUCAUGAAUCCAAGCAAUUUGUUGGGCCUUAACAAAUUUGACCGUACAUUGAUCCCUGCCUCCUCCGAAUUCAUGCCAAGUCCUAUGAUGACCCCAGCAUCCAUGAGCGAGACCAGUCUGCCAUGUAUGCCUCCCAUGCACAACAUGACAGGUGGGCAUAGUGUCAUGGCAACAGCCAUUACUGGAGGAUCACAGUCUUGUCAAGAACCUGUCAGUCUGUCCCGUAACUCCCACAGCCCAGCCAUGUCUGAUAGCGGUAUAUCGGUUGAUACUGCCAGCAACAACAGUGGCUCCAGUGCACCAAUGUUGAACAACAUCCAGGCAUUGGCCAAACUUCAUCCUAUUGGGUUCAGUAAUCAAGGAAUGCCUCCAAGUUCCAGUGGAGGAACUCCAACACCUAUCAGUCAUACUGACCCAGGCAUGAUGAUGCAACAACCUCCCACCCCUCGCUCACAGACCCCCACACUUGACUCCAUUGUGGAUAUGCUGCACCAGUCCCAUAACCCCAGCAGAGGACUUAGCAGUAUGUGUGCUAGUGGCAGUAUGGGAAGCAUGGGUAGUGUCAACAGCAUUGGUACCAUUGGCAGCAUGAUGAAUCCUCCAGCUCCGAUAGGAACCGAAAGAAGUGUGAGCAGUGUCAGUCCUACUGGAACCUCUAUCAACUAUCCACCACCUGUACGUAGGGGAAGUAAAAUGAGUGCUAUGCAGAUAAGGUGCAAAUUUGGACAGUUAGGCCCAGGAAAAGGUCAGUUCAACUCUCCACAUGGAUUCUGUUUGGGAAUGGAGGAAGACAUCAUUGUGGCAGAUACCAACAAUCAUAGAGUUCAGGUUUUCGAGAAAACUGGUGAAUUCAAGUAUCAGUUUGGUAUCCCAGGAAGGGAGGAAGGUCAGCUUUGGUACCCACGCAAGAUCGCAGUCAUGAGAAGCAGCGGUAAAUAUGUGGUUUGUGACCGUGGAAAUGAACGCUCCCGUAUGCAGAUGUUCACACGCAAUGGACAUUUCGUUAAGAAGAUAGCGAUCCGUUACAUUGACAUUGUCGCUGGACUGGCUAUCACUUCACAAGGGCACAUUGUGGCAGUGGACAGUGUUUCUCCAACAGUUUUCUGCAUUGCGGAGACUGGAGAUCUUGUCAAAUGGUUUGACUGCAGCGACUACAUGAGAGAACCUUCUGAUAUAGCAAUAAGUGGCAAGGAGUAUUUUGUCUGCGACUUCAAGGGUCACUGUGUAGUUGUCUUCAAUGAUGAUGGUGCAUUUGUUCGCCGAAUUGGCUGCGAGAAUAUUACGAAUUAUCCAAAUGGGAUAGAUAUCAGUGAUGCUGGGGAUGUCCUUAUUGGCGACAGUCAUGGCAACAGAUUCCAUGUAGGUGUUUUCCAGCGUGAUGGCUCUCUGAUUGGUGAAUUUGAGUGUCCCUAUGUGAAAGUCAGUCGUUGCUGUGGACUGAAGAUCACUUCGGAGGGUUAUGUGGUGACCCUAGCUAAGAAUAACCAUCAUGUUUUGGUACUGAACACUUUGUAUAUUACUUAAGUACUGAGGUGAACACCGAUAUCCUGUAGUUGACAGCUAUUGCUGUAUUUCACUGGGGUGUUGUUGACACAUUACACCCAUGAUAAGUAGUUGUAGCCACAUGUUAAUGAUUUUUUUUCCCUUUUUUGUUUUUGUUUAUUUUUCAAGUUUACAUUUACUCCCCUUUUUUUCAUUUUAACAAGUAUAAUUUAUAUUCCAGAUGAAUUACAGUAACAUGUUUAUUUUGACAACCCGGUCUUGUUUUGAAUCAGAAAAAUUCAAAUAAUUACUUAAAUCUUCCCACAUAUUUGCAGGUUGGGUUUGAUAAAUAGAAGCAUAUUUUGUUUUUUGACUAACAAUAAAAAGCAUUCUCCAGUGUGCUGUAAUAUCACUAGCUAUGUAAUCAGAUUCAUUGAGCAAUGAAAAGUGCACAUUUACACUAAUUCUGUAAGUUUAAAAAAAAAUUAGUAGAAAAAGAGAAGUAAAAAAAAAAAAAGAAAAAAAAAAGCUCGAAGCUAUUUAUAAAUGGCUUUAGAAUAUAGAGCAUUAUGUAUACAACACAUGCUUAUCUCUAGUCACAUACUCGACCCUUUAUUAAUGAUAUAACAUGACCAGUUUUUUGCUGUGCCUUAAAGGGAUUAUGAUUUUUUUUCUUUGUUAUAUUUUAUCUGUGUUCAUUCUAAAAUAAUGAUGGCUUUACAAUGAGAUCACAUAUUUUGAAUGGUGAUGUUUAAAAGAUAUAUGUAUAUGUCUUAGUUGUAUACUUUUUAACUGGUUAUAUUACAUUUAUAUAUAGAUUACAGAUUGCUCAUGUUUUCAUACAUGGUUAUUAUUAUGUAUAUUAACAAUUUGGUAUGUACCCACCAUUAUGCAUACUGUAGUAUAUGGUAUCAUAAUCAAAAUAUUGUUGAUUUGUUUACUGAAUUAUUCCUAUAUGGGUUCAUGCCGUAAGUAACCCAAGGGCCAUUAUUACAUGGUGAUAAUUAAAUAUAUUAAGUUCUGUUUCUUUUUUUUUUUCUUUUUUUUUUCCUUUUUUUCCUCCAAAGGUAUUCCGGAUGUAUAUUUUAUCCAACUAAUUUUUGACUGCAGUUUAAAUUUAAUUAGAAAAAGGAAAUGUGUCUCCCUUUUGAGCACAUUUUUACAAUCUACUUAUUUAGUCUCACAUUGUUUCAAACUUUUCAUUAUAUGACAAUCUAGUUUUAGUGGUUACAACGAGCUUUUCAUGUUUUGAAGAGACAUUUGUCUUAAUGUUCAUAUUCUCCAAUGUUUGAAGAAUUGUAUUAGAAUGUUACAAAAUGUACAAAAAAAAACAAGUUUUGAGAAAUUAUUUUAUUUGAAUGCUUUCAAAUUUUGACAGUUUGCAUUUAAAGAUGUUUGAUUGUUCCUAUUCCUGUACUUUUCAGGUGUUUGAUGUGAAUAACGGUUUGCAUAUUUCUUUGCCAAGAAUCUUUCACAUUAUUGUAAAUAAGGGUAAUUUACAACAAAAAGUUAUAAUUAUUGUUGAUUUAUUUGCUGUUGUUAUUGGGACAGGUUUUUCGAAUUGCUCACAAACCUGUGGCAAUUAUCAGCAGCAUUUGUGUCCUGUGUAGAUAUUUUUUUUUUUUGACCCGGAAAGUGCCAUCUAGUGAUUACAAGAUUUGUCGGUAUUGCAUAUGAUGAAACGGAAAUCAUCCUUGCAAGCAUUAACAGCAAUGUGAUUGCAAGUUACUUGCAAUUAUACAUAUUUUUUUAUUUGUUCUCUAUUCCUGUCGUUUCAUUUAUAGAUUUGAUUGAGAAUCCUAUUUACAUACAUGUAAUAAUAAAUGUUGAUAUUAUAUGUUCGGUCUUGGUCUAAAUAGUGAUUGUUAUUCAUACAUAAUUUGAUAAAUCCCAAUUUUCUCAUGCAGGGUCUAAGGUAUUUGAAGCACUUUCGACAUUCAGGCAUGUUUAAUGAAAACAAUUUUACUUGUUAAUAUUUUUGUGAUGAAAAAUACACAGCAGUUAGAGAAGUGGACUUAAUGAUAUUCAGGAGAAAAGCCUAUAAGCUUAAUUUAUAUUUUUGAUCUUGAAAUUUCUUUUACAUAUACAGCUGUCAAAUCAAAAUAUUGAGGGGGAAAAAAUGAGGCAAUUGCAAUAAACUAGUAAUAAUUGACCCUGCUGAUUUUUUUUCACAUAUGAAGUGAUUUUAUCGCAAAAUAUAUGUGUUUGAGGGACCAGUAUCAAGCAGAUUCUAUAUUGUUUUGUGCUAGUGAGCCUGUGUAUAGCUGAUAGUGUGAAUGAGGGAGUGAAAUAUAUAUAUAUACAUAUUAUUACAGUACAGUAUACUUUGGUAUAUAUAUAUAUCUAUAUAUAUAUAAAAGAAUAACUAACCUUUGUCUUGUAUUCGGAGAUAUUUUCAGACACAAUAUAUAUAUGGACAACUUUUGAAAUUUGUUUUAUUUGUGCUCAAUUUCUGAAUAAUGCCUAAACAUUAAAGGCAAGUUUAAUAUUUAUAACAUACCUCUAAUACUGUAUAAUGAAUAUUAUACCUCGCUCCAAAACAAUAGUUUAUCAAGGGAUGCUUUUUGGAAGCAUACACUGGAAAAUGCAUUGUUGUAACUUAAAGAAAAAGAUCAAUAAUUUAAUUAUCACUAUACUAUGCAGAAGAAAAAAAUUAUAUUUGAAAUUUGAACCUUUUUCACAAUUUCACAUGGACUGAAAAGAAAUAGUAUCUGGUAUUGAAGAAUGAUUGUUAUUAUAAUACACCUGUUUUUCACUGGAGAUUGCAGCCUUUUUUUUGUAAAGAAUGUCUUAAACAGAAUGCUGUCCUAGUUUGAAAAAAUUCAUUGAAAAGAAUGAUAUCAAUGGCAUGUAAACUAAACAAGGUAAAAGGUUUUGUCAUACAUGUUCAAAUGAAGUUUGGUCAUCUUCAAGUUCUUUAAGGUAAUGAAUAUUUCUGGGUAUAUAUGCUAUGAAUAAAAACAAACUAACAGGUCCUUUGCUGCAAUCUUCAGUGGUAUAUUGUUGGCCAAGUUAUGCCCCAAGGAGAUUUUUUUAAUUAUUUGUUAACUUUGAAUCAAGUGGUUUAUAAAUAUUACACAUAUAUAUAUAUUUUUUAUUUGAAUGGUGUGUUGUAUGGAGCGGGGCACAUGAAGAGGGUUAUUUACAAUGAGUAUUGUUUAUAUGUUAAAAUGUUACAUUCACUUUAUAAGAAAAUGAGGUAAAUCUUGCGGAGAAAAAUACUAGUGCAGUGUACUACAAAAGAGUAUGAAAAACUUUGACACCCUCUCUAGUUUCUCAUUUUACAUUCAUUUUUAAGGAUCUCAAAAGUGAAUCAAAGUAAUAACAUUAACUGCAAUAUUCUUGCCAUUGUGAUUGUUAGUAAUUAAACUAAUGCGACAAAUUAGCAUAAUACUCCUGGGUAUGCAUUUUUGAUCCUGUCUGCAUUGCACAAAUCUGUUAUACUGGAAUCCAGAAAUGCCACCACUGGUACAGAUGGAAGUGCAAACUUCAAACUUAAAAGACGGUAUUAAGAGAAAAAAAAACUGUCAAAGGACAGUUGACUUUUGGAUAAGAACUGUGUAUUGCAAACAAAUAUGUUGCCAAAUAUUUUCCUAAUUUUUAUUAUAUUUUUCUUUAUAUACACAAUAUACAUGAAAUGUUUACAUGUUGGAUUUUUAAACUGUCUCUCUGAUAUAUUUUUUGUGAGUAUUGUUUUUGAUUCCUGUCAGCAAAACAAAUUGGCACCUUGAUGCUGAGUUGAUCAGUGCUAAGCUCACCAGAGGCUGAUAUGAAGAAGAAAAUUGAUUUGGAAUUCUUACAACAGUACAUAUUAGAAUUGAUAGUAAAGUUUAAUUGUUGAGCUUUGACAAACGAAAUAAGAGCAGAAAAGGCUGUGUUCAAAACAGAGUAUUCCAAUUCAUCCAUAGAAACAAAUUACUCAAAUUCAAGUUUUAAGACUACUCAUUCAAGUUUGAGCUAAAAUAACAUCUGUUAGAGCUGCCAUAUGUUUAUCAGAGGAAUCUUGGAGAGUAAGCAUUGCAUAUCACCCUAGUAAACUUAAUAUAUGUUCAGAUAUUAAUUUUUGAAUUGUAGCAAGUUAUGCACCAUUGUUAUAAAUAAUUACAAAUUUAGUGCUUUCCCCCAUAUUUUGUAAUGAUGAAGAUUAACAUGUUUUUUUUAAUAUACAAUGGGUAUAUAUAAUAGGCAUAAAAUGUCAUCUUUAGUUUGUAUGUCCCAGUGUUAUUCUUGUUGAUAAAUUUUCCAUUUCAUCAUAAUGCAAGCUGACAAUUUUACUUAGUGUUUACUGUAAAUGUUGAUAUUGAGGACAGUUUAAAGAGAUAAUCAUUGAAACCCUCCAUGGAUAUGACUCGGGUCCACAGGGAAUAUCAAAACUUUUUUUUACAAUACAAAGUUUAUUGAAUAGAAGUGGUGCUCUGCCUUUGAAAUAUUGUAUACUGUUUGCAUAUUUUGGCAAAUUUUCCCAUACCCAGAUUUAUAAUUUUAAUUCUUUGUAUUUAGUAAACAUUUUGUUUUAUUAUAUAUCCCUGUCACUCUUUCUCUCUUGCUUUAGUUAUGUAAUAUUAAUGUGUUUACAUUUAAUCCAUGUUUAGUCUGACUUUGGUUUAAUCAUUUAUUUACUUCUCUAUAACAAAACAAGCUAUUUGUUGAUUGAGUAGGUUAGACCACUAAUUUGGUUGAUUUUUUUUCCCCAGUAUUUAGUGUGAUGUCGAUCAGUCAUCCAUGUUGCUAGGUCAGAUAUUGUGAACAAUGUUAGGUGUUUCUUUUAUUUGGUAAUUUUCAUCCUCUUUAUUAUUAUUUUUGAAAUACUUUAUUAAUUAUAAUUACACUUUUCAUAUACAAUUAUAUAUAAAUAAUAUUUUGCAAUGUUAUUUUUUUCUAGUAUUCAACCAAUAUCGAUUCCGAGUGGAAUAACCGCCAUAUACAUACAUAGAUAUACAAAUGUACAGCAAUUAUUGUAUUAAACAAGCCUGAUUUUAAUUUACAAUAGUGGCUAACAAAGGAAUCUAUUAACAUGUAGCAAAAGUUGGUGUAUUAUUGGUGUCGCCACACUCUAGGCCUGCACAUACCUUAUAUAGGCAUGAUGUAACUAGUGUUAAUGUGUAAAGAAAACAGGAAGAGAUUUCCACUUUGGAAUAUUUUUGAAUGUUUAUUGCCAAAUGAGGCUGCUUUGUUCUGUUUAACACAAUAUAUAAUGCAUUCAGGAAUUAAUGAUGUGUUUUAUUGUAGGGGAAUGGUUUAUCAUUUUCAAAUCAUCCAUUAUUAAUAUUUAAAAAAAAAUGUUUAAAAAAAUUACAUGUGCUUUUAUGUUUUUGCCAUUCCUAGUUUUUUGUUCAAUUUUGUAAAUGACUUUGCAAUGAUAUACAAAUUAAUUCACAAGUCUGGUUAUUAUUAUACAUUGAUUUUUUUGUCAGUUGCACAUAAUUCCUGGAUGGUUGGAGCAUAUUUUUUAGAUUGAUAUAUAUGCAACUAAUACAAGGCUGAUUCGGAUGUUGCAUACUUUAAUUUUAACUUGUGCAGGGAGUACCAUGUGUUUUUAUUGAUUUUAACCCGCUAUAAUCUGCAUUCCUUGAUCAGUUAAAAAAAUUCAGAUUUUUGUUUGAUUUUAAAGUAAUCACAUUAACAUUAAUUUCCAUGGUUUGCUUUGUUGUUUGUGAACUUGCCUGAAGAUGUGAAACGUUGUGGCUCCUUUACAAUAGCUGCAUUGAGAAACAAGUGACAUGACGAAUACAUGCAAUAAGUUUUCAGUAGGUUUUUCCAGAUUAAUAUUGUUAUUUUUGAUACUGCAUAUUUAUGAAGUCUUAAUGUCACUAAGUCAGCUGUAUAUAAAUGCUUUGAAAGAUUGUAAUUGAUAUUUGCAGCUUUAGUACCGAGUAGAUGUUUAUUUUGUUCCUGGUCUUGAUAAAUUGUUUUGAACUACAUAUAUGUUAUGCAAAUAAUUUUGUCAAUUGGCCUGAACCAAGUCAGCUUAAUACCUAGGUAUAGUCUACUACAUCUGUUAUUCAACUGUUACUCCAGAAUGGCAAAAAAAAAAGAUUUUCAGUAAAGUUGUAUGCUUCCACCUUCCCAAACAGAAAAGCUGGGCCAAAUGGGAAUUUUUUUUACUAGAUCUUCAAUUGGUUUAGACACCUUCAAUACAUUCUUGGUUCUACCCAUCAAGUUGGUACAGUAAAUAGAUCUUGUACACUAGUCUUUCGGGCGAGUAUGUUUUGGUUGAGUGGAAAUUGAAGACAGAUGCACCUUGAUUGAGAUUUCCAUGUUCUGUCUGUACCCUUUUACUCUGGUAACCGAAAAAGGUAAAUACUGUGCAGAUCAAGUUUAAUUGUAAUUGCUUUGCUCGGGAAAUCUACACUACCAUCUCCAGUUGUCGGAAACAUUCACUUUUCUAGUUACAGAUAACUAACAAAUAUUAAAGAUCCUCUUGUCUGCAGUGUCUGAAAUGACGACAAAAAUAAUGGCAGCAAGUUUUGGUACUUCGGAAGUAAAUGAAUGGGAGCAAAUUCUAGUAACUUUGGCUCUUUGUCUUUCCCUAAAUAAUGAUAUUCCUGUGAGUCCACACCUUAUUCAACAAGUCCAUCUUGUGCUGACAGUCAUUGGGGAAGAAAAGCCAGAGUUCCAUUCCUCAUUUAUAAGAUUUGAAAUGGUAGUUAACUGCGAAAUUUUCUUUUAAAAGUUUAUUGAUCAUGGAAUGCAGAUAAAAGUAUCGAGGAUUUGUGUAUUAUAUUGUAAUGUUUUGAAAUUUGUACAAGAAGGGGUAUAAAACUUGCUACAGUUGGUGAAUGUAAUUUUAAUCAAGUUAAAGGGGCAACUAUAAGGUGUGGUAUUAACAACGAAUUUUGUGAUUUAUUUUCUUCUCCAAUUCCAUGACAGGAAUGUUUGAGGAAUCUGACAUACAUGUGAUCCUUGCUUGUCACUUCUUUACAUUUUUCUGAAAAUUUCUUGUUCAUAUAUGUCGAUCGAAGAAACUUGUGUAAAGAUUUUUCUUCUUGUUAAUUGCUAGUUCUCAAAAUCUUCAAUCUGUUAUUAGAUAUUUUUUAAAGUCCCGUGUAGGUUGGUACUGUGUUUUGUUGUCUGUGAUCCAGUUUGGGAUGUGUUUUUGUUCUAUUUUGUCACCGAUUGAAAUCACAUAUCGUCGGUAAUAUUUUAAAUAACUUUUGUACAUUUAUCCUUCUGACACCUGGAGGUGGGUUUAAGUAUUAACUUUUACAUAACAUUUACAUGACAAUGUGAUGAUAAUACUAUUAUUGCUUCAAGCCCACCUACUCAUCAAGGACUGGUGUAUGAACAUGCUGGAAAAAUUCUUUGAAAUAUUGAUUUCUGAUAAAGAAGCUUUUAUAUGGUACUUUUUGGUAGAAAUAAGUUUGCCAAUAGAAAAUUUAAUUAGAAAAGGAAAACCGAGUAAUUGGAAGUACAUGUAUUUCAUAUUAAGCCCCAUGUUCAAUGAUACAGUCCUUGAGGAAAGGUUUGGCUGUGAACAAAAACCCUUCCUCAGCCAGUAUAUACAAUGUAUACAUAGUUAUAGGAGUUGUGUACUUACCGACAUUGUUUAUAGAAACGUAUCUUUUAUUAUUGAUUACAUAUCUACAUUUGUACAAAAAGUGGGAAACAAAACACUGGAUAAGUUAUGACAUAUACAAACAGUCAGAACUGAGCAUCUUUGGUUUGGUGAUGUAUACAAAGGAUGCAUGAAUCAGCCUUUUCUUUAUACAUAUACUCAGCAUUAUAUUAGUUGUUCUUUUCUGCUUUCCAACCAGAAGGGAAUUUGUGAUAGUUUACACAAGUAUUGAUAUAUAUUAUUACUAUUUUUGAAAAGAAAAAAAAAUUAACUAUAAUUUCCUAUUGUUUAUGUCCAGGAAAUUGUAUGCAAGUGGAAUAAAGGUGUUUCAUUCAA